AUGUCAGAAAGCUGGCAGCAGCCCCCGCAGACGCAGCCCCAGCAGCCACCGCCGCCGCAGCCCCAGCACCACGCCGAGCCACCACCCGCCCUGGCCGAGCACGCGCUGCCCCCGGGCUCGGCUGAGAACCCCCUGGGCUGUGCUGUCUACGGCAUCCUCCUGCAGCCAGACCCCGGCCUCCAGCCCCCGCAGCACGCGCCCCUGCAGGCGGCCGGCGAGCCGGGCCCCAAGUGCGGCGUGUGUGGUCACGACCUGGCGCACCUGUCCAGCCCGCACGAGCACCAGUGCCUGGCGGGCCACGACCGCUCCUUCCAGUGCACGCAGUGUCUCAAGAUCUUCCAUCAGGCCACAGACCUGCUGGAACACCAGUGUGUGCAGGCCGAACAGAAGCCUUUCGUCUGCGGCGUCUGCAAGAUGGGCUUCUCGCUGCUCACCUCGCUGGCGCAGCACCACAGCGCGCACAGCGGCGCCAGCGGCCUGGUGAAAUGUUCCAUCUGCGAGAAGACCUACAAGCCGGCCGAGGCGGCCGAGCCGGCGGCCACCGCCGCGCCGCCGCCACCGCCGCCGCCACCGCCGCCGGCCGUGGCCCCCGCGGAGCAGGCCGACAAGCCUUACAGCUGCCCCAUCUGCCAGAAGCCCUUCAAGCACCUGUCAGAGCUGUCGCGGCACGAGCGCAUCCACACCGGGGAGAAGCCGUACAAGUGCACGCUGUGUGACAAGAGCUUCAGCCAGUCCUCGCACCUGGUGCACCAUAAGCGCACGCACAGCUCCGAGCGGCCGUACAAGUGCGCGGUCUGCGAGAAGACCUUCAAGCACCGCUCGCACCUGGUGCGCCACAUGUACGCGCAUUCGGGCGAGCACCACCUCUUCCGCUGCAACGUGUGCGAGCUGCACUUCAAGGAGUCCUCGGAGCUGCUGCAGCACCCGUGCACGCCGAGCGGGGAGCGGCCGUUCCGCUGCGGCGAGUGCCAGAAGGCCUUCAAGCGCCCGUCGGACCUGCGGCAGCACGAGCGCACGCACAGCGCCGAGCGGCCCUUCAAGUGCGACCUGUGCCCCAUGGGCUUCAAGCAGCAGUACGCACUCAUGCGGCACCGGCGCACGCACAAGCCCGAGGAGCCCUUCAAGUGCGGCCUCUGCGAGAAGGGCUUCGGGCAGCCCAGCCACCUGCUCUACCACCAGCACGUGCACACCCUCGAGACCCUCUUCAAGUGCCCUGUGUGCCAGAAGGGCUUCGACCAGUCGGCCGAGCUGCUGCGGCACAAGUGCCUGCCGGGCGCCGCCGAGCGGCCCUUCAAGUGCCCCGUGUGCACCAAGGCCUACAAGCGGGCGUCGGCCCUGCAGAAGCACCAGCUGGCGCACUGCUCCGCCGCCGAGAAGCCCCUGCGCUGCACCCUGUGUGAGCGCCGCUUCUUCUCGUCCUCGGAGUUCGUGCAGCACCGCUGCGACCCGGCGCGCGAGAAGCCGCUUAAGUGCCCGGACUGCGAGAAGCGCUUCAAGUACGCGUCAGACCUGCAGCGGCACCGGCGGGUGCACACGGGCGAGAAGCCCUACAAGUGCCCCAGCUGUGACAAGGCCUUCAAGCAGCGCGAGCAUCUCAACAAGCACCAGGGGGUGCACGCCCGCGAGCAGCAGUUCAAGUGCGUGUGGUGCGGCGAGCGCUUCCUGGACGUGGCCCUGCUGCAGGAGCACAGCGCCCAGCACAGCGCCGCCGCGGCCGCCGCCGAGGGCGCCUACCAGGUGGCCGCCUGCCUGCCCUGA